UAACAACCCAAAGCGAAUCCACUGGACAAUUUGCAUCAGAUCAAUCAUACGCCGAAAAGUAAACUAUUAGCGAGCUUUUGCAACAAUGAAUAAGUUUUUGGUGUUCCUCUCCCUGGCAGGUCUCGGCCUCUCACAGGCCUUCGCUCCGUCCCCCUCCAUCGUUGUGAAUUCGAUGGAGCAAAGCAGGAACCGCAUCAUCGUCGCAAAUAUGGCUCCAUUGGAUUUUAACGUGGCCGAUGCUGUGGACACAGCCAGCACUUUCUGGACUGCUGCCGCAGACAACUAUAUUCCUGGGACUUCCGGUGAGGUUACCUACAGCAAGGCUUCCUAUUACGUCAUUCUUGGUCUUUACUUGUUUUCCUUCCCCGGUCUAUGGUCGACCAUCAAGCGAUCGACCAAGGCAAAGUUGAAGAAAAAGACCUAUGUUUCCGAUGGAGCGAAUGCCCCCGACGGAAAGGGACUACGGGAGCAGGCCGGCGAGAUCAUGGCUUACAUGAAAGCCAACAAUUACGAAGUCGUCGAUGCCGGUGAAACCAUUACCUUCCAGGGAGUCGUCCAGCGAAGCAUAUCGCAGGCCUGCUUUUUGGUCUUUUGUUCCUUUGUGGGUCUGGCGUCUCUCGCACUUGUCUUACAGAUCCAAUUCAAUAACCUCGGUGAGUAAGAAUGCCCAGAAUGUUUUGCGUGCGAGACCACGACCGGUAAUGGAUCUUUCGUUCGGUAGUUCAUUGGUCGGGCUGUGUUGGAACUGCAGGAAGAACUUGAUUCACCCAGAGGAACGGAUCACAGGAAUAUAAUUGGAAGGCAUGUUGAAGUUCUCGGAUGCUUCUUCGUCUUGAAUUUUCGCUUUUGCGGAGUUUCUCGAUAUUAUCGACAACCACCACACGCAACGUGUUGGCCACCUGGUUUUUGUCUUGCAGCACCAUCACUCACCCUGCCGUUCUUUUUUAAUGUAUCCCUCAAUUGUUCCGGAAGUUCUUCCCGUGAUUGGCGAACCAAACUGGUACUACCUGUGCCUCCUGUCGCCCUACGCCGGAGUUUAUUACUGGAGGUCGGGCGACCGCGUCGACGAGUUCCAGAUCAAGCUCGAGAGCAACGAUGAGGACACCGAAAACUCCAUCAGCGUGCUCGGAUCCGAGGAGGAGAUCGAGCGCAUGUGGAGGGCCAUGGAAUGGCAAGAAAAAGGCAUGGUCAAGGUCCCGAGCCUGCUCAACGGAGAGUAAGGGCUUCGCAAAAGGAAAGCGUCCAUCGAUCGGGUGCCGUGCUGCGCUUUCCCCUCCGUUGGAAUCGUGGGGAGUGCGUCGGCUCCCAGCACAACAGGCAUACCGGCAAAGAAAAAGAAACGAACCAACAGACA